AUGUCUGCUGCCGGCAUUGAAAAGAUCCUGCUGGUGGUAAACCACACGACCGAAGUGGAGAUGACAAAGCUCUUCAAGCAGCGCGAGGAGGUGUCUGUGCUGAACGGAGUGGGGAUGCAGAUGGAGGACUACGACGAGGUGCUCCUGGCCAUAGGCAAGAAGAUUUCUUUCGUGCGCCAGGAGAAGCCCUCCAGCAUUCGUGACGCGCUGCUCCUUUGCGAGCGCGAGGUCGCCGGCGAGCCCUUCCUCCUUGCCUGGGGUGACCAUUUCAGUCGGUCGACAUCGUCCGAUCAUCGCAGCGUGGUUGCGCAGCUCUUGGAGGCCUUCAAUGGACUCGUCGCCAUCCGAGCUUUCUGUCACCUGAUGGCACUGGUCACUAUGCCGCGCUUUCGAGCCCCCAUCGCCGCUGCCCCCGCCGCUGGGUCCAAAGACGCCUGGGCCGGUGAAGGCGCUGUGGCCGCGGCUCGGAAGAAGUUUCCUUUCGGGGAGAUCCAGAUGCACCUCCGGUCGUGCACCGACGGCUUCCCCAGCCAUCAACCGCCAUCCCAGAGGCUGCAAUAG